AUGCCUGACCAAGACAACAAACAAGAAAGUCAGAAAUGGCUAACAUUUAUCGAAACCUCUAUCGAGGAGCAACAAGAUGAGCGAGACAUUGACAAUGAGGCUCCUUAUUAUGAAGCUGUCCGUGACAUGCUGCUGCACCAAGGCAACUCCGACGAAGUAAUCUCACAAGCCAUCGAACGAUGCUAUAAUCAUUACAUGACUAGCAUUGAUGUCGAAAACGCUCGUUGGGAAGAGGACGGUGACGAAGGGCCACAUAAAUACGACACCACGGCCAUUUUGAACAGCAUCACAACCAUCGUCUUUGAUACGGUCUAUGAGUUGCCUUAUCCAGACUCCAAGGCCGAGAUUCUUUCUCAAUUUCUCAUUGGAAUGGCUAAAGACAUUCCACCCAAGUGCAAACAAGAGGGUGCUGAUCCCGCUCGUCAAUUUGAUGGUAUACAAAUGGCUGCUCGGGAGGCAUGGGAAAGAUCUCACGCCGACAGGUUUACUCUGGACCAAGAGAGGCCUGAUGCCGAAGAGAUAGCCCACGUCUGGUUGAACACGGCGUCUCUGAUCGCUAAGCUCGUCCAACAAGAUCAAGAUCUACUUGCUGGUUAUGGAUCUCUCUGGGUAUCGCAUGACCUGGAGAAAGCAUUCGAAACAUUCACAAAGGGUGAUAUUACAAAACAUAUUCUCAAACAAGCGCAGAUUCUUGCCGUUGCGAACUAUAUUCUUAUCGCUGGCGAUGCUUUUUCCAAGGUCAUCUCUCUUACAAAAAUGGCACGGAACUAUAAGAUAAACGCGGAGAAAUGGAAGAACUGGACUUCCAAGCUCAAAGAGAUGGCUGAUGCGGUUGACAAAGAUGCUAGAUGGGAUCUCAAGGAGAGGCUCCAGAAGGCGCACAAUAAGAUGGUUGAGAUGCAAAAGGUACUAUAG